AUGGAAGAAAAACGUAAAUCAGAAGGGUUUUUAGGAGAGAAUGUACAUGAUUUAAGGUUUCGGAAACGUUCAAGGAUGAAUACACGUAGCACAGAAGAUGUGCUUGAGGAUGGUCAAAGACUUGUAAAAGCAGUAUUGGAAGCAAAGGAUGAAACAGGUAGACUUAUAUCAGAAAAUUUUAUACGACUACCCAGCAAGAAACUUUACCCUGAUUAUUAUGAAUUAAUCAAAAAGCCAAUUGCGUUAGAUAUGAUUAAAGAAAAACUUAAAAAAGGAGAUUAUGUAUCUACAGAUGAUAUACGUGAAGACUUUUUGCAAAUGUGUAAUAAUGCAAAACGAUACAAUGUUACAGAAAGCCAAAUUUAUCAAGAUGCGCAACAAAUUGGAAAAAUAAUUAAAUUAUGGGGAGAUGAAAUGCCCUCUUCUAAUAAAAUAGAGGAAACGAAAAGACUCAAAAUAGUUCAUAAAAGUUCUCAAAAGAAUGUGACAGAACUAGCACAAGAAAUAUUAUUAGAGUUAAAAACUAUGAAAGAUUCAUCUGGAAGAGCAUAUUCUGAUAUUUUUCUUGAAAUUCCUAAUAAAAAAGAAUACCCUGAAUAUUAUCAAAUUAUACAAAAACCCAUGUCUUUUAAUAUCGUGGAGAAAAAGAUAAAAAAAGAUCAGUAUUCAAGGUUACUUGAUUUUGAAAAUGACAUAAAGCUUAUUUUUAUGAAUGCAAUGGUUUUUAAUGAAGAUGGGAGUCAAAUUUCAAACGAUGCAAAAACAUUGCUUAAAUUUUUUCAGAAAAAAAUGUCUAAAAAGAAGGAGUCAUUAGACCAAUCUGAAGAUUCGGAACAUUCUCCUUUAAAGCUAAAACUUAAUAUUUCUCAGUCUUCUGCACCUAAAAUACGUCUUUCAAUUGGAUCUAAAUCUUCAACACCAACUGAUACAUCAGAGACACCUAAGUCUAUUAUUCGAUUACCGAUAUCUCCGCAAGCAAAAAAUUCACUUAAAACUGAAGAAAUUGAGUCUGCUACACCUAAAACAAAACCAAUUGCUCCUCCUCAACCUGUACGUUCAGUUCCUUUAGCACCGAUUCCAAAAUUAGCUGCAGCACCUAUUUCUUCAAUACCUCAAUCUCCUGUUCAUCUUUCAAAAUAUGCACAACAAGAAGUUAUAUCGGUAACAUCUCCAUCUUCACGUCCUCCCCGAUCAGCAACUGAUCCAUGUUGGAAAUGGAGUGAUGCAAAAAAUGUUUCAGAUCCAUUAAUUUCACUUAUUACACUUUAUACGCCGCCAUUUCUUGAAAUUUCUUCACCUUACCAGAUCCAACUUCCAUCCUUAUCUUUCCCUUUUAGGGUCUCGACAAUUAUCCUUCCAACAGCUUAUCAUACACUUUUGGUUACACCUACUUUAUCUUCAUCGCUUUUAUCAAAACAAUACCAUUUUGCAUUGGCGAUUAAUGGCUUGAAAAUUGCACCAAAUAUUUCAUCAAAUAUGCUAUUAUCUCGCAGAUCGGAUUCAUUUUUUCCAAAAAAUACUUAUGAAGUUAAACUUGGAAAAGGUGUCAAUGCAAUCGAAUGUGUUCUAACUAUCCCUAGUAAAUCAGGUCCUCGGAAUUCUUCUUCAGUUGAAUUGUCUGAGAAGGAACGUGUCGUCAUUUUUUCUCCUUGGUGUAACGAUAAAAUUUUAUCUCGAAGUUUAAAAGAAAAAAAAACGAAAAAAGUUUUUUCUUCAGCAUUGAUUGUUUUUGCAUGUUUUAUAUGA